GGCGAUCUUCCUGAUUCGUGUUAUGUUAGAAAAAAAAGUUCAUUUUUAACUUUAAAUGUUUUUACCAUUGUUUCGUAAGAGUAAGGCAACUAAGAAGAAAAAGUUUGGCUAUGAGAAGUUGCUGAAAGAAUUUUUAAGAAGAAGAGUCUAUCUCAACUUAUUUUUGGAGAUUUUUCUUGGCAAGAGAUAUUUUAGAAAUGGCUUACAAAGGCACUGUUUGUAAGCAGAGCUAAGAAUUAUCUGUUUCAGCUAUCCAGAAUACCUAUUAUCCUACAAAAUGAGCCAGGAGUCAGCAGAACAGCACAAAAAUACGUUUGAAGAUUCACAAUUCAGAAAUAGGGUAAAGAAUUUUAUAGCAUCCAAGGCAGAUGUUAUUUUCAACUUGAAAGGAAAACAAAAAUUGUUGAAUGGAGUUGAUUAUGAUAUGGAAAGAUCUCAAGAAGCUUACAGUUUAUUUGCAACAAAGUUAAUACCCUUAGAGAAAAGUAUGAAGAUUCCAGUAGAAGCAAGAAAAGCUCACAUUUUCAAGUUAUUGAAAGUUGGUGACAUUGUUAUGGGAAAAGUCGUGGGUAAACGUCCAUUUGGAAUAUUUGUUCGUCUUGAUUCGUUGGUAUAUGGGCGUAAUCUAUGUUUUAAUGAUGUUGAUAUUCAGGUGUUGUGUCCAAAAUCUGAACUUAAUAGAGAUCACAAAUCUCAUGAACAUUUUGACCCAGUUGAUGACUUUGACAUUGAUGACUUUGUUCAAGGAGUAAUUUGUUCUGUAUCAAGAGAUGAUGAAAGAAUUGCAAUCUCAUUUCGCUCUUCAAAGUUACCUUCACAAUUUGGUCAUGUUGAACUUGGAGUAAUUGAUGAUAUUGAAGACACAAAAGCUAACUUUUCUGAACAUGAUUUGAAUUAUAAUCACUACUUGCGACAAGAUCCUGGAUUUUCAAAUCCAAGCAAUGUUCAAACAUUGAUUGAUGCUUUGGGUAUUGAUUGUAGACCUCCCAAUUCUCUGUUGACAUUGUGUCAAAGGUGGACUUUUUCUGACAAGGAUGCAAACUCAAUUCGAAAACAGCAAUCAAAAAAAUGGUCGAUGGAAACAACUGCAACUGGUGUGGAAAACUUUAAGAAAGGCAAUCACGAAAAAGCUUUGAAAUAUUUAAACCAUGCCUUGCAGAUUUAUGAAGAAAAUCCUGAAGCUUUAGUUGCCCGUGGAGCGCUAUAUGCCAACCAAAAUAAACUGGAUUAUGCCAUUAAAGACUUUAAACAAGCAUUAAAACUACAACCCAGACAUCAUAAUGCUUGCAAAUACCUCAGAGAAACGUUGUUUGAAAAAGGAUCGAGGUUAAAAAACAGUGGCAGUCUAAAAGAAUCCAUUGAUGUCUUUCAAGAAUUGACGGAGCUUAAUCCUCACGACGCACAAAGUAAAGAAAGCUUAGACGAGUUAAAUAUUUUACUAAAUUCUAAGUUGGCACAAGAGGAAGCAGAGAAAAAUCGUAAAGCCGCGAGUGCGUUGCUCGUGAAUCGUAGAAAAUUUGAACAUGUUAAGAAACUAAUAAAAUCUGAUCGUGACGUUAAACGAAGUGAAAAGAAAAGAAGGAAAAAGGAGAAAAAAAGGAAGUAUAAAAAAAAGAAAAAACGAGAGAAGCGAAGCGAAACUUCAAGUUCAAAUGAUGACGAUGAAAGCGAUAACAGUGGUGAUGAAUGGAUAGUUAAGGAUACUGAUGAUCAUCUCAUCAGAAAGGAAAGUGAGGAGCGAUUUACAAAAAGUUGGAAGGAUGUUAAAGAAAGUUGUGAAGAUAAAGGAAAACUGGAGUUUAGUAAGUGUGUGAAAUCAGCUGAAAAUGAUAAAGGUGUUUUUGUUGGGAAACAUGGUAACACUGAUAAAAUGAUGUUGGGUUUCCAUGAUUUUCAAAAUAAAAAUAUUUUUAAUGAGAGCAAACACGUUAUACAACAAAAGAAACGAAAAGAAGUUGACGAUGGUAGCGAUGAUGGAUCUUCAAUAAAAUAUGAUGACAGACUGGCGAAUAAUCAGACCAGAAUAAAAAAUUCAGAAAUGAAUGAUGUGAAGCGAACUGAGCAGCAUCCUUCACGUAGCAAAGAACCAGACUCAAAGUUAAAAGUUUUGUGUAAAACAAGAGAUGAAACACGAGAAUUUAAACAGGAAAAAGAAUAUGGAGAAGUCUGGGUCUUGUGGUAGAGAAUACAGAAAGUCUUAUCGUACAAGCUCAACAGAUAGCAGUGGUUCUAGUGAUGAAUUAUCUAAAAAAAAUGAGAAUGAUCAUUUUGAAAGAAUAAUCAAAGUUCAUAGAAAAGAUAGUCUGAAGAGUACAGAAUAUCUAAGUACAACUAGGGAUAUCAAAAUACAGAAAAGGAAAUCUCUGGAUAAAGGAGGUCGGCGUAGCUCAAGUCAUGAUCUUGAUGAUAAAAGAUAUAGUCCAUGUAAAAGAAAGGAAAGCAAAGAAGGGAAAAGUGAGGAAAGCUACAGUAAACAAAGAAGAGAAGAUUACAGAAAGGAGACAAACUACAUCAACAAGUAUGGAAAGCAGAGGAAGAUGGAGUUCUGAUAGAGAAAUGAGACGUAAUGAUAAAGCAAAAUGAUGUUGGAGUAGUUUCAGCUGUCUGAUGUAUUUCAAUUUACACCUCUAAGUCUUAAGCAUUUACUGCCUUAUAGUUGUUGCAAAUAUAUUAAAUUUUGACACCGAAAUUAAAAUGAACAUUUGAUCUCAAGAAGUGUACAAAAUACUUAUGGCUUUUGAUAUUUAAGUGUUUUCAUUCAUGUUAAAGCCUUUAAACAUGCACGUGUAAAUAUUUUCACAUCGAUGAAAAAUCAUUCCUUUGAAUUCUUCCAGGUUGUUCUAGGAAUUUUAAAUGUUUUGGUCAGCUUAGUUGACUUUGUAAUUUGACCUUUUUUAUGCUCUCUCCACAUAAAGAUUUUGACCCUCUAUA